AGGAUGAUCCAUUUAUAACUAAUAUUCAUCGUUUUAAUUAUUGUUCUUUGCUAGAUUAAAUAACUAACAACGACAGAAAACAAAUUAGUGGUGAAAAUAGCGCUAUUUUUUUUUUUUUAGACCAUUAUGAAUACAAAUGAACUACUAAAUACUCUAAAUAUAAUUCAAACUAAAAUAAAGCAAUGCCAAGAACAAAAAAGAGAAAUAACGAGAAAAAUGACUAGAAAACAAGCAUUGUUAAACGACUCUCAAAAUAUAUUAAGAAAUGAUCUUCAGCAUGCACUUGAGGAAGACUUUAUAAAAAAGAAUACCAAAAUAUCUAAUAAUCAACAUUUGAAAUUAAAUCAUGUACAUGGUUGGAUACGUGAUAAACUAUGUCUAAAUAAAGGACACGAUUUGAACUUGUUCCUUACCUUCGAUUAUAAUCAUCAUUUAUCAUCACUACCACCCAAUCAAUUUCAAAUUUAUUGUAUUUAUGACUAUGAAAAUGAAAAACAUGUCACUGAAGCAUAUCCAAUUGAAUGGAAAUCUCCAGAUGAUUUAACCUGGUUAUCAUUAUCAAUCUCACAUUCUAUUUUGCAAGCUUAUUUCCCUUGUCAUAUAUCCAUUAUAAAAGAUGAAUUACAGAAUACAAAGAAUAUCCAAUUUUUAAAUGAUAAAGUAGCAGUCACUUUGGAUCAAACUGUACUUAUUCAUUAUCAUCAAACUCAUGUGAUUGAUCUUUACGGUCUCUCUAUGUCCCAUAUCUUAUCAUCUUCUUUAAUCACGAACAAGCAUAUCAUCACUAACAAACGAGUCCUCAAAAUUUAACUUUUUUCUUUUCUUGUCUCAUCUCUAAAGGAUUCUAGCACUCGCUUUGCAUUGCCUGACUUGAUGGAUUCACGGGCCUUUUCC